AUUUAGAAUACUAAUUUUAUGCAAAAAAAAAAAUCUUGUGCAUCUCUAAUAAAGGUUUUGAACCGACUCACAGCCGACUUCCGUUUUUCCAAGCUUCGCCUUGGACACGCCGAGUGCAAGCCGAGGCUCGACCUAACGUAACCCCUCGGCCGAGGCAGCCCGAUUGAUUAAAGAAGCUGCGAGAGUGGCUGUGAAAUUAAUUACAAUCACGAUUAAUAUUUGGUGACGUUUUUCAUCAGCGUAUGUCACCUCGUGGCAUACGGCUUUCGUCCAAUUAUUAUUAUCAUUUUUUUUUGGCUGUUUUUUUUCCUCUUCUCUCGCCAACUGCAUUGUCAGGUGAUUGUUUGGCGGGAGGGAAAGCCUCUGCAGUGUGCGCAGGCGUGUGCGUGCCUGCCUCUUAAAGGACCCGAGCCGAUCCGUCGCCACUUGCGCCGGCAUCCCUCCUUUUGUCCGUGCACGUCCCUCAUCCUUCGCGUCAAAGCCAGCCGCCUUUGCGCACGUGUUGCCAAAAUAGGAACCCCCACACUCCCUUUUGUUUUUCUCCGCCCCCCUCCCCCCCACCUCUCUUCUCAGCUAGACCUGAACUGAGGAAGGGGAAACGCUAGUGCCGGUUCAGGGUCUCCCAUCAUGGCCGCGGCGAUGCAGGACUUUCAGAGGUCAGAGUCGGAACGGCUGAACGAAGUCAAAGGACACUUGGAAAUUGCCUUACUGGAGAAACACUUUCUACAGGAAGAGCUGAGGAAGCUGCGAGAGGAGACCAAUGUGGACUCCCUUCGGCAGGAGCUGGAGAGGGAGCGCAGCAAGCGGCUGGACCUGGAGCAGAAGAUGGGCGACGUGCUCAAGUCCAGGCUAGAGGAUUCUCCGCCGCAACCUCCUAGAAAACAACAGUCGCCCUCUAAUAAUGGAACAGCGGACAAGCAGCAGCAGAAGGAGGUGUGGCGCUCGCGGCUGCAAAAGUGGUUGCACGAGCGCUUCGGCGUCUACGUGGAAGACUUCCGCUUCCAGCCCGAGGAGAGCGCGGUGGAGGCCGAGGAACCGCUAAGUGCUAAAAGGUUGACGGAAAACAUGCGGCGACUCAAGCGAGGAGCUCGGCCUGUCACCAACUUCUUGAGGAACCUCUCCGCCUUAUCCAGUUGGCACUCCGUCUACACCUCAGCUAUUGCCUUCAUUAUCUACAUGAAUGCUGCUUGGCAUGGCUGGGCCUUCCCCAUGUUCCUCUUCCUGGCCAUCUUGCGCCUGUCCUUAAAUUACCUCAUAGCGAGAGGUUGGAGGAUCCAGUGGAGCAUUGUGCCUGAGGUCUCUGAGCCCAUGGAGCCUCCAAAGGAAGACCUGACUGUGUCUGAGAAGUUUCAGCUCGUCCUUGACGUUGCCCAAAAAGCACAGAACCUUUUUGGUAAGAUGGCGGAUGUUUUAGAGAAGAUAAAAAACCUCUUCAUGUGGGUGCAACCGGAGAGCACCCGUAAACUGUACAUCUGCCUGUGGGUGGCUUUCAUCACCUCCUGCGUGCUGCCGUACAAGCUCAUGGGCUUCAUGAUCGGCCUGUACGCCGGCGUCAAAUUCUUCAUCAUCGACUUCCUGUUCAAGAGCUGCCCCAAGCUGCGCGACAAGUACGACACGCCGUACAUCGUGUGGAACAGUCUCCCCACCGACCCCCAGCUCAAGGAGAGGACCAACGCCACCGUGUCUCGCCGGCUUUCUGCCGUAGAGAAGGUGCAGCCUGUGGCUUCCCGAGGGAGCCUGGCCGCGGCGCCGUGCGGCGUAAACCGCGAGGACGAGGCCGGUCGCUCCCACAGCACCAAGAAGGGGGCCUUCCACGAGAUCUUCAACCUGCCGGAGUCAGAGCGCCCUCUGGCAGUGUGUGAGAACGGCUGGAGGUGUUGCCUGAUAAACCGUGACCGGAAAAUGCCCACUGACUACAUCAGAAACGGGAUGCUUUACGUCACCGAGAAUUAUUUGUGCUUUGAGAGCUCCAGUUCCAGGUCAGGCUCCUCCAAGAAGAAUAAAGUCAUCAAGCUGGUGGACAUUACUGACAUACAAAAGUACAAAGUGCUCUCUGUCCUACCGGGAAGUGGAAUGGGCAUCUCAAUAGCAACUCCUUCCACCCAGAAGCCGCUGGUGUUCGGCGCCAUGAUCCACAGAGACGAGGCCUUCGAGGCCAUCUUCACGCAGUACACCAAGGUGGUGACCACCAGCAAGCCGCAGGCAGCCGCCACCUCUGCCGAAAUUUAGACGCCCGUCCCUCGAAGCUGCAGGCGCCGUCCCACUUCUUCCUGGACAUGUUUUUUUUUUUUUUUUUAAUGAACAGAAUACUGAGGAGGGAGGCUGGUCCUCCCUGCUCAACUAACUGCUUCACUCUGUUGUUCCUCUUGUGUGCGCAUUGCAUGUGUGACAAAAUAGUCUUUUUUUUCUCCUUUUUUUAAAAUGUGCAUUUUUUUUAAAAUCCUCUUCCAGGGAUGUGAUUCCUCACUAUCAUAACUGGAGCUUUAAGAAAAUUGUCAACUGACCAUGUUUUAAGCGUCACAUAAAAAAGCCUUUUGUGUUAGUUUACAGUUGGUCGGUUGCUUUGCUUUGGUGUUUUGGCGUAAUUGUGAAAUACCGUCUUUUUCUUUUUUUUUUUUUCGGUCCAGAUAUGCCUUUUAAUUACCCGUUUGGACUGAUGACUGACUCAACUCAAGCGAGAACAAUUUGCAUUUCAGCACAACGUGGUACAAAAUAGGCUUCUAUUCCAUGACUGCUCUUCUCUCCCUGCACUUUAUUAUUAUGGUCAUUCAACUGGACCCUUUGCAGAAAUACGUUAAUUAAUAAUCACUUCCGGUCGGGUGAUUAAAAACAAACAGUGCUUUUGUGUAUGAGUAAAGCUGGACUUAACUCCUUCGAUGUGUCGAAAGGUACUGCCAAACUCACG